CAGCCUUAUAAAUACUUCUAUCCUUACUCAAAUCUCAACGCAACAAAUACAUUCAUCUUCUUACUUUUCAUUUUUUGGAAAUUAGUUAAUAAUGGCUGUCAUCACCACUGAAGUUGAGAUCUCUUCCUCCCUUCCGUCUACAAAACUUUUUAAAGUCUAUGCAGAUUUCGACACCCUCGCGCCAAAGGUCGACCCUAAAACAUUCAAAUCCAUUAGCAUUAUCGAAGGUGAUGGUGGUGUUGGAAGCAUCAAGAGUAUCAUCUUCGGGGAUGGUGUUCCUUAUAAAAAUUCAAAGAACAGAAUCGAUGCCAUCCACACAAGCAAUCUAAGUGUUAGUUACACAAUCUUUGAAGGUGAUGCGUUGUUAGGCAUUAUUGACUCGGCGACUCAUCAUGUUAAGUUCGUACCAUCUCCUAACGGUGGAUUGGUAUACAAGCAUACAACUGUGUUUAACUGCAAACCUGAUGCCCAGCUAAGUGAAGAUAUUCUUAACGGUUCCAAAGAAGCAUAUAAGAACACCUUCAAGGCAAUUGAGGCAUAUGCCAUUGCUCAUCCCGAAGCUUACUAAUAUCUUUUUAGCAACCAUGGUUUUCAAUAAAAAAUUGCUUUGAUUAUGCAUCGCUAAAGAUGCAAAUGAUUUCGUUCUUGUGUUUUUCACCAAAAUAAAUGGAUACUUGUUUUGCUUUCAUUACUAGUGAUGCCAUCAUUGUAACUCAUAAUAAUAAUAAAUUAAAAAAUAAAAGCUAUAACAAUUUAUCUAUGUAGGAUUUUUUUUUCUACUCAAACAUUAAGUGAU